AUAUUUGCAUAUGCCACUGAAGCAUCUCCUUCCUUCCAGGCGUCUCCGGCCUCCGCUUUCUGCUGUUGCUGCUCAGCUUCGUCGACUUUUCAAGUGCUGAGAAGUCUGUUGACGUCUGCUGCUUUUUGUCUGCAUCAUUUGAUCCAUCCGCUCGACUUUUCUCCGCACCGCCCAUUCUGUCCUCCAUUCUCAGUCUCGAUCACUCUUCCUCACUCUGUCUUCUCUCUGGCGCAACGACGAGACCAUCACCACCAGCAGCACCAGCACCAGCACCAUCAACAUCAGUGCGAGUUUGUUUCCCCGUCAAACCAUCCCAAGACAAGCCCAGAGCGACCUCUGUGGCUGCGAACGCUAGCGAGACCAGCCUGCUGCUGCUGCUGCUGCUUUUCGCGUAUGAAUAAGGAGGACGAGGAAGAAGAUAUCUGACUGAUUCUGCACAAGGAGCGGGAGUACUCGGUGCGGUGGCCUGCAGAGCUGCAGCCAUGUCUCCUGCUGCGAAGCACCGACUUGGACCUGGAGAUAAAGGCAGUGAGAAGGGGAAGGAAUGGAAAGCUUCUUCCCGGCAUUCUUCUGGCAGUGGGAUACCUACAAAUGCCUAUAAUCCAGGCUCGGGUACAUUUCACAGGUUAGACUCGUCCAUACCGGAGACAAUGGUUGUGAAUCAGAGUGGUCGAUUUCGAUCAAUUGAUGAUUCAGACGAUAUUGGGAGUAUCAUUGGAUCUUAUUCCGAGUAUGACUCUAUGUCUAAUAACGGAAGCUGCUCGGGUGAGUCGGAAGAUCAGUCACACAACAUACACGGGAAAGACAAAAAAGGUACUCAUCCACCAGGCCUAGUUGGUGCCAGCGGAUCCGAUAAGAGAGAUAAAAUUCGUUACAAGAAUGAGAAGAAGCAUCAGCGGCAGAAGGAGCGAAGGGCUCAGGAGCUUAGAGAUCGAUGCACAAAUUAUCUCAUGUCUCGCAGGUUGGAGGCCCUUGCUCAGCAGCUUGUGGCCAUGGGUUUCCCAAGCGAAAGGGCUACUAUGGCACUCAUUCUCAACGAAGGUCACGUGGAGCGUUCAGUUGCGUGGCUUUUAGAAGGAGGAGAAGGAGAGGUGAAAGAAAAUUGGAAUGACCAUUUGAAAAUAGAUAUCUCUGAAGAGCAGGCUCGUAUUGCAGAAUUAGAGUUCCGAUUCAAGUACCAACGGGUUGAAAUCGAGAGAGCAGUUGUCGCAUGCGAAGGUGAUUUAGAGAAGGCUGCGGAAUGGCUGCGAGAUCGUCAUCCUCAAGUACCAACACCAGUACCGCCACCUGCGACUGCUUCCGCCUCAACUACUGAUUAUGGGCAUUUGUCGCAGGAGAGGACCAAGGAACAGAACUAUCCAACUCCUGCCGAAUCUUCUCCUUACUUGGUGAAUGGUCAAGGACGAGUAAACAGUGGUCUCUACCAGGCCUUAAAUAAUCAACGGAGAGAGGAUAAAGAGCUCCACCUAAGUCAGAGCCGAAAUCAAGGGCAUCCGUCGUCGAUUCGACCCUCAGGAACAGUUGAAGGAUCUUUCCCAUUAGCGAGAACUGUUCCUCAAAAUGGGAGUGAAUGGCAAAGGUUAUCCUCAAACGUCAGCGGCCGGUAUCUUAACAACUCUUUGAAGACAUCUCAUGUUCCUCAGCCUUCACCUCACGCCUACCCUACCCCUGUGAGGCAUGUGUCAGGAACCAGAGUACAUCCAACAGAUCACGGGCCGUCUUUUCACAAAGAGCAAAGUAACCACCUGACUUCCAGGGACCCUGUUGUCAUGCCUCAACUUUCCCAGUCUCCAAUCACACCUCCUCCAAACAUCAGAUCUUCUUCAGCCUCACCUUCAUUUUCUCCCUCCAGCUGGAAUGGAAAUGGCCCGAGUGUCUCCUCUCCGUCUAGUGUUCUUUACUUCAAUGGACUUCCGGGAGAAGUCAUUUCGAAGGGGGGCACGACAAACAAAGCAUCAGGGGAAACAUAUGGCAAACAAGUAGAAGAUAUUGUACACGUUCAACCAGCACAGGCAAAUCGAAUGGACGUGUAUUCAGCCUGGAGCAACAGCGGCAGCUUUGGCUCACGGGAUAUCGGUGCUCAGUCUUCUAGUCUUCGAGCUUCCACAUCCCACUCGAGAAGCCAAUCUACACCUGGUUUUCUGUCAGGCUGGGGUUCUGGGCUGUCAGGCGCAUCAGCAGAGUGGAGCAUGUGGGUCUCCGGUGGGUGUGAUUAUAAGACAAUUGACUGGAGUAUGGGGGCAUCGCCAUCUAACUCAACAGAUACAAGCGUUUGGGGAGUUACCAGUAACUUAGCCUCCUUGUUGAAGCUAUCGGACAGUGGGAAGCCUAGGCUAGGAUUAGCUGGUGAAGGAACUUCACAAGGCUUGACAGGAAGCAGAGAGGAGGUAAGUAACAAUAUCAAUUACAAUCUUUGGAAUAAUUCAAACAGGGGUAACAGUAUAGGGCUCCAAGAAAAGUCACUAAACGAAUCUGGGAGUUCAACAGGUAUGGGAGUACCUGAGUGGACUUCUCCUUUUACAGGGAAAGAUCUGUUUACGCUACCUCAUCAGGCUGUUCCUUCUCCAUCACUGUAGGGAGGUAAUAUUGUGCCGUUAACAGUAAAAGGACAUUUGUCUGGUUGUUCUAUCU